AUGAUUGUAGAAAUUCUUGUAUAUAGUGUUCUUGUUCGUACUUCUAUUCAGUGUCUCACAUCCGGAGUUUGUGGAGGGGGUGGCUACUGUUCCUCAACUCCAGCAGUGCCUUGCCAUGCUUCAUCUUGUCAGCCAGGCUAUAGCUGUGGACAGUACGGUUGUUCAAGGAAUCGGGCCAGAAGUGCCCUUACUAAGAAAGUAGAUGGAAUCUUCAUCAGUGAUGAGUCAGAGGAAUCCACGCUGCAGCCAGAAAGGAAUGACGUCGAGGAAGGCUUUGCUGAGGAAAGAAAUAUCUACGGAAUGAGUCGUGGAAUGGGAAAGGCAAAGUUGAAGGUUCACACUCCCAGUCCGCCUCGGAAGGACAUUGAUAACGCCACUCUGCAGAAACUCGCGAAUCCGAACUACAUUUUCCGUGAGUGUUGCGAGCAACGAGGACUGCCGGAUGCGUGUCUUGACAAGUGUCACUUCAACACCUACACACGAGAUGCGCUGCAAUCGAUGUAUUUCAAAACUGAUGGAUGCCCUAUCGAAGCUACCGCUGACAUGCACUUCUGCGCCGCUCAAGGACGGGACCAUACUGAGGUUCAUUGCGUUUAUUGA